UAAGGCCGCGCACGGAGGGUUUCCAGCUUAGUUGUCCGGUAACUUUUGCCGCGAGCUGAAUAUCCUUGGAGGCGUGUUGCACAAUGUCUUGGUUGUUGACGGUGAUUGUGGUGACCGGGUCAAUAGCGGCGAUGACCCUGGCCUACCCCGGAGGCGCGCCAUUGUCUGCCUGCUCGGGUUUGAUCCCACAGCAUGACUCCAAUGCCAGUGCUGACAACAGUGCUUAUAGCAUAAAGCUGGAACGGCUGGCACCCAAUCAGCUGAGAGUCAUACUCUCCGCAGCCAAAGUACCAUUUAAGGGCUUCAUCAUGGCCUCUACCGACCCUUCAGGCAAAUUCACUCCAGAGGACACAACCUCCAAGCUCCUGAACUGUAAGGACCAGCCCACAGUGACCCACACUAACUCAACCGCCAAGUUCAACGUGCCUGUCCUCUGGCAGAGGGACCCGGAGCUAGGAUCCGUCACCUUCGUAGCUACGGUGGUGACUGGUUACAACGAGGACUAUGUUCCAGAAAUAAAAAAUGCCUACACUCCUUAAAUGCCUUAAAUCUACGAGGGGUAACUUGCCUACACUCCCUAAAUUCCUUAAAUCUACGAGGGGAUAACUUGCCCACAUUCCCUAAAUUCCUUAAAUCUACAAGGGGUAACUUAUCUAUACUCCCUAAAUUCCUUAAAUCUACGAGGGGUAACUUGUCUAUACUCCCUAAAUUCCUUAAAUCUACGAAGGGAUAACUUGCCUACACUCCCUAAAUACCUUAAAUCUACGAGGGGUAACUUGCCUACACUUCCUAAAUUCCUUAAAUUUACGAGGGAUAACUUUCCUACACUUUAAAUUUCCAAAGUGUCAGAAAAAUACGUUUGCAAAUGACCCAAAACUUGGAGAAGAAUUACUAUUUCGGUUCAUGUUAUUAAACUCUCAUAAAUUCACCAUGAGGGGCGUUGGCCCGAAAUUAUUACUCAAAAUAUAAUUAAAACCCAAAAAAUGCAAUAUGCGUGUAUCCUUAAACUACUUAAAUAAUUAAUAAAUAUCUGAAUAUCUCUGCAAUCAAGGAGGAAGGAUGCCUUAGAAUCUCUAAUACUAAAAAGGUUUAAUCCAACAUUUAUUACAUUGCAAUAAGGACGUGUAUCUCAAGAAAUAUAAUGCGAUUAGCAACGUUAGUAAAAGUAGUUCAUAAACAGUUAGAACUUAUAUAAAGACUAAAAUGCAUUUAAGGCAAAUAAGUAAGUAAUUAUCAAAAGAAGGCACCAAACCGGGAAGGCUAUGUAGCACCAUCAAAUACGCAUUUAAGGCAAAUACCCUUAGAAUUCAGAUGAUCUGAAUUUUAUACAAAUCAGAACAGUUAAAACGCUCGUUCAGAAUUUAAAUUAGCUUCAUUUAUUUGCGUGAACGAGGCAUAAUGAUCCAACUACCUAAACAUAGUAAUUAUGCUAAUUUGUUCAUACUUCGAGGAAGAACAAUGUUCCAUAGGAAGCAGUCGAGGGUACAAUGUUCUCUACACUUUAAACCAGGAAAAAACUUACGUUCCUGCUUUAAAUUUCCUUAAUUUAAAAAGUUUAAAUUACCUAAAACUCAAUUUUUACGCAAGUUAGCCAUGAAUUAUUCUUUAUAAAUUAUUCAGUUUUCUUAUUACUCAGUUUUCUUCCUCGAUUGUUUGUUUGAAGAUUAUUUUUGUUGCUGUUGUUUUGUACAUCUUAAAUUAUAGUUUGUAGCUUGAACUAUGCUUGUUUGAGUAGUUCAUGCUGUUCCAGAUCAUACAGCAUAUCAGUAAAUGCUGCUUAUAGGUGAUAUUUGUUCACUGGAUCUUGGUUACAGAAACUGAAUAAAGUUUUUCUGAAU